UUGUAUAUGACGCCUGAAUAAUUACAUCAGAAGGACGUUAUAUAUAUUUUAAGGUUCAUCGCAGAAAGAGAUGAGUUUUUAAAACAAUGAAGUCCUUCGGAAUUAUCUUGCUCUGCUGUGUCAUUGUCGCGUCGACGUCCUUUGUUGAUUACACCGGGCACAAAGUGUUAAGAGUUACACCAAACUCGGAGAAACAAUUACGAUUGUUGCAUCAGUUUCGAGAAGAUUAUUCUGUGGACUUAUGGAACGAACCCAGAUCCAUUGGUGAACCUGUAUUGGUACGCUUGAGACCUGAACUGAUUCAAUCUGUUGAAGAUAUUCUGAAAGAACAAGGAGUGGAGUAUGGAGUGGCAUUCUCUAAUUUGCAAAGUGCAAUAGAAGCAGAACGGUCUCAACACGCUCCAACAAAUGUCAGCGGAGCGACAGGCUCAUUCAAUUUUGGAAAAUAUCACAGAUAUGAUGCAAUAGUUCAAUUGCUGAAGGAUUUAAGCUCCAAACAUUCGAACAUAGCAAAACUGGAAGUGAUUGGAAAAAGUUACGAAAACAGACCUCUUUACAAUAUGAGGAUCAGUUCUGGGGACAGUUCUUCAAAACCAGUCGUUUUAAUAGAAUGCGGAAUUCAUGCCAGAGAAUGGGCAUCGGUAGCAACUUGUACUUACAUGGUCAAUGAAAUUAUUACCUCCUAUGGGUCGGACUCUGAAAUUACUGCCCUCGUGGACAAGUAUGAGAUUAACAUAAUCGUUGAAAUAAAUCCUGAUGGUUAUGUGUACUCGUGGGAGAGGGAUCGUAUGUGGAGGAAAACUCGAUCAAGAAGUAGCAAAGACUUGUAUGGUGUUUGCCCCGGUACAGACGCGAACCGAAAUUUCGAUAUUGACUUUGGAGGUGUUGGAACAAGUUCAAAACCAUGUGAAGAAAUAUUUUGUGGUGACAAACCAUUCUCAGAGAGUGAAACUCGUGCUUUGAGGGACGUCAUGAUUGCCAAGAAAGAUCGCAUCAAAAUCUACUUCGCAAUACACGCAUAUUCUCAAUUAUGGAUGUCCCCAUAUGGAUUUAAAAAAUCACUACCACCCAACUACAACGAAUUGAUUCGUGUUGGCAGGGCUGGUGUUGAUGCCUUGGAAAAGAAAUACGGAACUAAGUACAAACUCGGUACCACUGCUAAUGUUAUUUAUGAAGCUGCCGGAGGAUCAGAUGAUUAUAUUUACGAUAAAUUAGGAGUCAAACUAGUCUAUACUAUUGAGUUACGAGACACGGGUUAUUAUGGUUUCAUGCUGCCCGAGAGGUACAUAUUACCCAUGAGCGUAGAGACAUGGGAUGGUGUCAAGGCCGCUAUACAAGCAAUCUAGAUCGUCCAUUGGUUUAAAUCACUGUUUCACAAUUAAAUAAAGCGUUUUCUCGUGAUAA